AUGGCUUUGUCGGGUGCGCUAUUUAGGCCAAUGAGACGGAUGAAGAAAUCACCUGCUGUAUUCGUGGAUGCGUGCAUUUUGGUCCAGCGUCUGACCGCGGUGGCAGAUGAGAUGGAACAAUCGGAAGCUAGUUACUCGAUAGGCAGACCGACGGCUCUUCUGACGACGGUAGAGCUGAUGCUGAGGAUGGUCGUGCCGACGGUUAGGUGGACAGUACAGCAGCUUCAGGUCACGAUCACUAGGUGGAUUCAGUGA